AUUAUGAGUAGCUUUAUUCAUAAUAAACCAGUUUUGAUUGUUGCUUGCUUGGCAUUGGUUAAUAUAGGCCUUGUCAGUGGGAAUUGUCCUGAUGAUACAACAUCUUCACCAUUGCCUUCACAUACUAGCAGUGAAUCAACUACAAACAUUGCAAGUGGUACCCCUUCACCAUCUCUCACUGUUCAGAGUGCUGCAGUACCAACAGUUGGUGAGAGUUCAACUGUGUCUCCUUCAGUUGCAGUGACUACUAGUAUUGCAGCAGUAGUGACUCCAUCUCCUACUCCUACUCCACCAUGGGUCAAUGGAAUACCUGAUCCACCAAGCACUCAAGUCAAUGCUCAACCUGUUUGCUUUGCUCCUCCUGAUUGCAAGACAUGGCUUGAAAUGGGAGCUAAUGAGAGCAAGGUUUAUCCCAUCAGUCCUGAUGGAACUAAUGUAGUACUGGUGUAUUGUGAUAUGGAGACUGAUGGUGGUGGAUGGACUGUACUUUUAAGGAGACAAGAUGGCUCUGUUGAGUUCCAUCGUAACUUGGCACAAUAUGAGAGUGGGUUUGGUGACCUUACUGGAGAACAUUGGCUUGGCAAUGUAAAAAUGCACCAGUUAACAAAUCAAGGUGGAACAUACACACUUCGUGUUGAAAUAGCCUUUCGUUAUAAAUACCCUGGAGUUAAGCAGUAUGCUAAGUACUCUAGAUUCAGUAUUGGUGAUAGUAAUAGUGCUUAUCAACUAUCACUCAGUGGUUACUCUGGUACUGGUUUUGAUGCACUUACAGGUCAUAAUGGACUCAGGUUUUCUACAUAUGAUCGUGAUCUUGACACUUGGGGUGGAGUGCACUGUGCAUCAAAUCGGAACAAUGGAGGUUGGUGGUAUCAUGGUUGCUAUCAUGCUAAUUUAACUGGACGAUAUGGAACUCAUCAAUAUGGGUUUGAUUGGAUGUCAAGUAGGGACCCAAAGGCAGGCCCGCAGUUUGAUGAGCUUAAAUUUGCUGAAAUGAAGAUGAGACGCAAUUAAAUAAUAAUGUGUGAUUAUAGGCUAGAUUAGUCUAGUAAAAACAAUAGACUAUUUUUUAAUAGUGGUGUGAUGAUUCUUUGUAGUUAGUUCUUUUAUAAACUUGGAAGUUUAAUUUA